UAAAGAACAUGGAGGAAAGCCUUUCUGCUUCAGAUCUCUUGCAGUAUUUGAAUUCUUGGUAUAGCAAGACACGUGUCGAAUAUGUUGAUUUAGCGGGAGAUUUUGGCGGGGGUGGACUAUUUGUGCUUGAAGGCGACAGUUUGCUUUAUAAUUUUCUUUUUAACCCCGAGACUCACCUUCUUGAUUUUAAUGCCGCUUUUGGAGGGGGACAGUUUCUUGCAUUAACGUUUUUGGUUGAAACAUUUAUCGAUAAACUCAAACAGCGUGAAUGUAAAUUUCACAUUGUUUUUUUUGAUACGCAUAAGGCAAUUUGGAAUGAUCCAAAAUUUCGAGUUGCUCGAGAAAUAGUAUUGUCUCACUUGAAAUCAUAUCAAGACGUGACGGGGAUCUCAAUAUACGAAUUCGACGACUGGUGGGGCAUUGACUUUGCCACAUAUAUUAAGGAAAGACAACCUCUUUUCGUCUUGUUGGGUGAUGGUACCACCGAAAAUCCGGAAAUUGAUUCUAUCAAUAUUGAAAAAUCUAAUGCUUCGAUUGCAUGGAGGGGAUUAAUUUAUCAUACCCUACACAACGAUUUAUCUGUAGCACUAAUCCCAGGAAUGGAAUUCAGAGAUUCUCGCGCUAAAGCUUUUGUUUUCAAUCGAGAUGGUAAUGUGAACCUUGAAACUCAGGCGGCAAAAACAGGAAUAAUUUCAACGUGCAAGAAUAGAUUAGAGGAAGAUAAAUCGCAGAAACAAAAUGUUGUCGAUUUUACACUUUCAGAUGAUGAAAAAAGUCUAAUAAAUUCACAAAAUCAAACAAUGUGGAUUAAUGGAGGAAAACGGGUUGUUCUUGUCAUUCUUUCUUUAGUUGGUAUAUUGAGAAACAAAUCAUCUCCGGAAUAUUGGCUUCUAGCGAGAUUAUUUCUGCUCCAUGUUUAUCUUCUUGAUGAUAUUGCCCUGAAAUCCAGGACUUUGCCACAAUUAUCAGAAGAAACUGAAAAUUUGGCAACUAAAUUUUUGGACGAUUUUUUCGAUUAUUGUGAUUAUACACUGACCAGCGGUAUUCCUAAUAAGGCAUUAAAAAAUUUCGAGGAUCUGAAAAAUAACUUGGCCGAUCUUUUAGACGCACGGCUUUUUGCCUCCUUAGUGAGCUUUCAAAGAUCUGGUGAUUUGAACUACGAUAAACUUCCAGAAGCUUUUAAACAAGGUUUUGAUGCUGCGUGGCAUCUAUUGGAAGGUCUUAGUAAUGAGAAGCUUUCUGAGAUUGUUGAUAAUAUAUCUAAAUAUUCAAAAAAGCUUCCUAAACUCGAACCGAUUACUUAUGAGUUGUAUGAUGUAAAUUUGUCUCUUCUUCCUUUCAAUUACGAUUUCUUUUCCAAUUACCUUGGUGAUAUGGAUUUGGAACAUGCCAGUGAUGAUGAGAUUGAGGUUGACACAGGAGUUUUUGGCCAAUCGGGAAGUAUCCCGUUAGAAGAUAUUACAGCUUGGCUUCCGUCAGAAUCGAACGAGAUACAAGGGCGUAGAGAGUAUCAAAAAUACGUUAGAUUUAUGGAAAGAUAUGCGAAGUCAUUGAAUGGCACACAAGGAUAUUACACUCAAGCUAUUUCAACAGAAAAAAAACAGGCGGAAACAAAAAGUGUGGGAAAACAAAAAAAAAGUUCGACAAAAUUACUAGAGCAAAUAAAAGAGGACAAACUGAAAAAAACCCUGGAAGAUUCAGAAAGAUUUCUUGACAACGCCAUCGAAGAAAUCUCCAAAUUCGAUGUAGAUUCCAGAUUAGAACAGUUUAAAAUCAAGUUUGUCAACGAAGAUAAACUAAAGCAUCCAAUAACCAGAGUCCGUGCACAGUUUUAUAAGUUGCAGAUAUUGUUAGAAUCUUGGAGUAGUUAUUGCAGAUUAAGAAAGAUUUCUAAAAAGAGAAUUAAAGAUUGGUACAACACACCUGUAGAAUUAUAUCGUCAGGUGUUUUAUAUUGCAUUCAACUAUAAAGAGUACCUCGAUAGAGAAAGAUAUGAUGUUUUGUUGGAUGUGUUACAAAGACUAGGCAUGAAUGAUUCGAGGGACAGGCUGAUAAAAAUGGUCGAAAAUAAGGAAUUAUCAACUUCAACGGGAAAUAAAGAGAAGCAAAAAAAGAAAGGGAAGGGAGGUUCAUCAAAAAAAAAAGAGUCUACUUCAUCGAAUAGUUCUCCAUUUCCCCCUUUGAAAUUUGAAAUGCCGAGAUCAUCAAUUAACCUGAAAUUGGAUGAUGAUUUAUCUGAUGCCAGAUUCCAGAUGCUACAUGCCGGUCACUUAAUGGAUAAAAAUACAAAUAGCGUUGAUGACCCUAGAGUCCCACAAUUUAAACCAGAUAAAUGGCAGCACGAGGUGUUGAAUAUAAUUGACAGAAACGAAAGUGCAUUAAUUUGUUGUCCUACUUCCAGCGGGAAAACAUUUAUUAGUUUUUAUGCCAUGGAAAAAGUUUUACGCGAGGAUGACGAAGGAAUUUUGAUUUAUGUUGCUCCUACUAAGGCACUCGUGAACCAAGUGUCGGCUGAGGUUUACGGUCGAUUCAAAAAGAAUUAUGGGAAGGGUGGAAAGUCUUCUUGGGGAAUUUUUACCAGAGAAUACCGGGAGAAUCACGACAUAUGUCAAAUACUUAUAACAGUGCCCGAGAUGCUAGAAAUUCUUCUGCUAGACCCCAAUUCCGUUAAGUGGGUGUCUAAGAUUCGUCGUAUUAUAUUUGACGAGAUUCACUGUAUAGGUGAAGACAGGACCGGUGUGAUCUGGGAGCAUUUGAUAUUAUUAUCGCAAGUACCAAUUCUUGCGUUAUCUGCAACGGUCGGUAAUCCAGAGGAAUUUACGAACUGGAUUAAAAAAGCACAAAAGAAAAGAGGCUACGAAACAAGACUCAUUAAAACCACAAAACGUUAUUCUGAUUUGAUGCAAUUUACAUACAUUCCCAAAUACCCGUUGAGAGAAUUCAACACUCUCAAUCCAAAAGAGUACGAGGACUCUUUAGUUCCUAUUCAUCCAUUCUCGGCGCUAUCACCGGUUCUUGUUGCAGAGAAUGGAAUCCCGCCAGAUAUAAAGUUAGUGCCAGGACAAUGUGUUGAACUCUGGGACAUGAUGAACAGGGUCUCGAAUGAGGAUCCAGACAUUCAGCAUUUAGAUCCCGAUCAAUAUUUUGAAGACAUAGGAUAUAUUGUGAAAGAUGACGCAGACCGUUAUGAAGAUGAGUUGAAGAAGUUGUUUGUAACCUGGACGAGGGAUUCAUCUAAAUCAGCUAGUGCUAGAGAGGUUAUUUCAAGACUCGACAACUUCAAGAACCAUUUUGAAGAAUUGGAGAAUAAAGCAAAAGUAGAAGAUGUGGAUAUAUAUCAUGAUGAUUUCUUGAAGCACUCGAUUGUUAAUCUACUCGCUGAAUUAUCUGCUCAAGAUAAAUUGCCGGCAAUUAUGUUUCAUAUGGAUCGUACGGGGUGUAACAAACUUGCUCUGCACCUGGAAAAAUUACUAAGAGAAGGUGAGCAGCUUAAGCGUGAUAAUGAUGAGGAAUAUCAAACGAAAAAGAAAAAUGCCAUGGCUCAAAAGGAAAUGCAAGAUAAGUUCAAAAAACGCACACGUGAUGUCAAGAAAAAAAGUAAAGCCGAUGAUGAUGACGAUCUUGAGGAAGUAGAUGAACCUCCUCCCCCCGUAUUUGAUUGGGAGGCCCAUGAUCCAGAUUUCACUUUUGUAAGCCCCAAAUAUCGUAUGUCUAUAAAAGAAUACGAAGAAUUAAAGGGCUCCCUUCGAUAUAAAAUGACCGGAGACUUAGCCGGCCUGGUGGAUGCCUUAGACAGAGGUAUCGGUUGUCAUCACGCGGGUCUUCCUAAAAAAUAUAUUCAAGCAGUUGAAAUUCUAUUCAGAAUGCGCCAUCUUAGAGUAGUGUUUGCAACGGGAACUCUCGCUCUUGGUAUCAACAUGCCCGCAAGGUCUGUUGUAUUUGUAGGAGAUUCGAUAUCUUUGACUGCCCUCCAAUUCCGGCAGAUGGCGGGAAGAAGCGGAAGAAGAGGUUUUGACCCUCUUGGCAACGUCAUAUUUUUCGGAAUCACUCAAACAAAAAUAAAAGGACUUUUGACUUCUGGUUUAGCGAGGCUUAGUGGGAAUUUUCCUCUGACCACAACACUCGUUCUGCGCAGUUUGACACUUCUUAAACAAUCCGAAGACAAAGAGUCUUCUGAAAAGGCCGCUUCAGGCUUAUUUGUUGAUUCCUUCUUUUGUCUUGGGAAAGAGAGUUUAGCCAGACAAGCGAGAUAUCAUUUGAGAUUUUCUAUUGAAUAUCUUAUGCGUGAGAAACUAAUAGACAACUCAUGUAAUCCUAUUAACCUUUCCGGCAUGGUUGCUCACCUUUCUCCGGUCGAACCGAGCAAUUUCGCAAUGGCUGCAUUGUUUAAACAAGGAGCUUUCCAUGAACUGUGUUCGGAAAUUGAAGACGCUGAGCAACUCGAACAAACCUUGGUCUUAAUUCUUGCCUAUAUUUUCAAUAGAAUAAAAUUGCGUAGUAUUAACAAGGAUUGGUAUAAGGAUAUCCUUACUGAAUAUCCGUCAAAAAUAUAUCUACCACUAUUACCAGAAAAAGUUAAAAAUGUUUUAGACCAACAUAAUGAUCGAAUAUUGAAAAUUUAUACGGAAUACGUAGUCUCUUUUGCAAAAAAAAAUGAUUCAAAGAUAGGAUCCGACAACAUUUUACCCUUAUCUAAACUCCAAUUUCUGACCCAAUCUAGAGGCACUGAGAACACUUUGAUUUCAAAAUUAGAAACCCAAUCGGUUCCCUUUUAUGCACGUUCGCCGUUUAUUUCCAUGUGUAGUUCGUUAGGAGAUCAAUUCUACACCAUCCAUGAUUUAAUUAAUCACAUACAUAGUAAAAUUCAUCUUGAUCUUAAUAGUAUUCCCUAUAUUCGUACAGAUGAAAGAUUCCUUAAUAGCUAUAUACUCGAUUUCUACAUUCACGGAGACGAAAAGGUUCUUACGUUAGCGAAUGGCAUUAAACCCGGAGAUGUUUGGCAGCUCCUCAGAGAUUUCGAAAUCAUUCUCGACACGAUCAUUACAUCGCUGAGAAUGAGACUAAUGGAUGAUGAAAAGUUGGUUUUGGAUAAAUUCGAGUCAGUUCGGAAGCGAUUCCACGAAAAAUUCGAGAAAAUGUGGGCAUAG